AUGACAGAAUUCCCCGUGGCAGACUCCGGCAUCUCAGAAGUGGCUCAGCUCCGACUGGUGAACGGCCCGAGUCGCUGUGCUGGGAGAGUCGAGGUGCUUCACAACCAGCAGUGGGGAACCGUGUGUGAUGACAGCUGGGAUUUAGCUGAGGCCAGAGUCGUAUGCAGGCAGCUGGGCUGUGGGACGGCGUUAUCAGCCCCAGGAGGGGCUCGAUUUGGGCGAGGAUCAGACCGUAUCUGGCUUGAUGACGUCAGCUGUGCAGGGACAGAAACAGCCCUCUCCAUUUGCAGGGCUCGGCCUUGGGGAACCAAUGACUGUAACCAUGGAGAAGAUGCCGGUGUUGUGUGCUCAGGUACCGGCAUCUCAGAAGUGGCUCCGCUCCGACUGGUUGAUGGUUCGAGUCGCUGCGCUGGGAGAGUCGAGGUGCUUCACAACCAGCAGUGGGGAACCGUGUGUGAUGACAGUUGGGACAUAACUGAUGCUGGAGCUGUGUGCAGGCAGUUGGGCUGUGGAAUGGCGUUAUCAGCCCCAGGAGGGGCUCGAUUUGGGCGAGGAUCAGACCCUAUCUGGCUGGAUGACGUCAACUGUGCAGGGACAGAAGCUGUCCUCUCCGAUUGCAGGGCUCGGCCUUGGGGAACCAAUGACUGUAACCAUGGAAAAGAUGCCAGUGUUGUGUGCUCAGACUCAGGCAUCUCAGAAGUGGCUCAGCUCCGACUGGUGAACGGCCCGAGUCGCUGCGCUGGGAGAGUUGAGGUGCUUCACAACCAGCAGUGGGGAACCGUGUGUGAUGACAGUUGGGACAAAACUGAUGCUGGAGUCGUGUGCAGACAGCUGGGCUGUGGGACGGCGUUAUCAGCCCCAGGAGGGGCUCGAUUUGGGCGAGGAUCAGACCCUAUCUGGCUGGAUGACGUCAACUGCACAGGGAAAGAAGCUGCUCUCUCCGAUUGCAGGGCUCGGCCUUGGGGAACCCAUGACUGUAACCACAGAGAACAUGCUGGUGUUGUGUGCUCAGACUCAGGCAUCCCAGAACUAACUCAGCUCCGACUGGUGAACGGUUCGAGUCGCUGCGCUGGGAGAGUCGAGGUGCUUCACAACCAGCUGUGGGGAACCGUGUGUGAUGACGGCUGGGAUUUAGCGGAGGCCAGAGUCGUGUGCAGGCAGCUGGGCUGUGGGACGGCGUUAUCAGGCCCAGGCGGGGCUCACUUCGGCCAAGGAUCUGAGCGUAUCUGGCUGGAUGACGUCCACUGCACAGGGACAGAAGCUGCCCUCUCUGAUUGCAGAGCUCGGCCUUGGGGAUCCCAUAACUGUAACCACGGAAAAGAUGCUGGUGUUGUGUGCUCAGGCAUCUCAGAAGUGGCUCAGCUCCGACUGGUGAACGGCCCCAAUCGCUGCACUGGGAGAGUCGAGGUGCUUCACAGGCAGCAGUGGGGAACCGUGUGUGAUGACAGCUGGGAUUUAGCUGAGGCCAGAGUCGUGUGCAGGCAGCUGGACUGUGGGACGGCGUUAUCAGCCCCAGGGAAGGCUCACUUUGGCAAAGGAUCUGAGCGUAUCUGGCUGGAUGACGUCCACUGCACAGGGACAGAAGCUGCCCUCUCCGAUUGCAGGGCUCUGGUUUGGGGAACCCAUAACUGUAACCACAGAGAAGAUGCCGGUGUUGUGUGCUCAGACUCAGGCAUCCCAGAACUAACUCAGCUCCGACUGGUGAACGGUUCGAGUCGCUGCGCUGGGAGAGUCGAGGUGCUUCACAACCAGCUGUGGGGAACCGUGUGUGAUGACGGCUGGGAUUUAGCUGAGGCCAGAGUCGUGUGCAGGCAGCUGGGCUGUGGGACGGCGUUAUCAGGCCCAGGCGGGGCUCACUUUGGGCAAGGAUCUGAGCGUAUCUGGCUGGAUGACGUCCACUGCACCGGGACAGAAGCUGCCCUCUUCGAAUGCAGGGCUCUAGCUUGGGGAUCCCAUAACUGUAACCACGGAGAAGAUGCUGGUGUUGUGUGCUCAGGGGCUGCUAACGAGGAGUUUCGCAAGGGAGUUCUCCAGGUGAAGGAGGUGCAAACAAAGCAUCCUGGGGACGUGUACAGGCCAUGAGAGGUGCAGGAUGUUGGAAGAUAAGCGUCUCAGUUUAGCUUUUUCAAAGAUUGAUUUCAAUGUGUCAGAGCCAGCAGAAGAGGGAAGAAGAGGACACUCAAGCACUGAAGGAACAUUUCAGAAAUUUGGAAAUAUGAGGAAUUUUUGGUUUUUGAAGAGAGAAAUAAAGAGCAAUAUGAGUUUAAACCUACCUGAUUUCUUAACUGGGAAUGAGGAUGUGUGUCAAUUUCAGACUAGUUCCUCCUGUGCAAAGGGAAAAUGUGAGUUUGAUGUAAAGAGAUGAUGCUGUAUUAUAAAUUAUAAUUUUAUUUCUGUUACAUGUAUGCUGGCCUGUAAUGUAUGAGAGGGCUCACUUUCUAUUUCAUCAUAUGAGUCAGAAUUUUCUUUUUGUUAUCUUUAUACAACUAUUAAUUUCAAUUUCCUU